GGUUUAGAUGUUCACAGAUUGGCCAUCCGGGGAACUACACCUCAAGCCACAAAUAUCACCUUAUCCGCCUACAUACAUAACUUAGAUACUCAUAGUCAUCCGUAAAAUAACCCACAUUUCAUUUUGACUUCUGCAUUAAAGUCGCGAAACGCGAUUCUUCACCAAAGAAGACGCCAAAACUGCAAUGUAAAUAAAAUUUAUAAACAAGUACGAGAAAAAAAAAAAACAUACACACACAGAGUAGUGGACUUUACCAAAACAGUGUUUGACACUAAGAGCAAGUUCAAACCAAAAUAAACUUUUUCUUUCUGUAAGAGCUUUGGAACUUCAUUCUAGUGAAUCUGAUAUAUCGGCAGAAUAGUAUCUGUGUGUGUCCCCAUUCUUGUUCUCCAGACAGUUUUAGUGUUCAACUUAAUCCGCUCUUUGCUCGUACCCACUGUCCAAUCACCUGCACCGACACACUAGCUACCCUCCCUCAUGUCUCGUCUCGACUCGUUACCGAAGUACUUCAGGACCGAGCCUUCACCAAAUGUCCUUGAGUCUGCAUUCCCUCCAUUCAAAACUGAACAUCGUUAUCGUGGAGUUUAUGAAAGAGCCGGCUUUGAUGUUAAUUUGAAUGGUUAUGCCAAGAAUAAGAGCAGUCCUAGUGAUAGUACUUCCUCCUUCAAGCAAAGAUACCCUUCGCCUCCAAAGUCUAACUCGGUGUCGCCAACCUCUCAACAACAUUCAAUCCAUCAUCAGUAUCCUCAACAAUCUUCAAGAAGAGGACAAUAUCUGUCGACUUCACUGGAGUCACUGGCAGAAAGAGAAAGACAAAGAUCACAAACCAUGAGAUCCCAUGCCCUGUCUUCUCAGUCCAGCGUUCCUAAAUCGUACAAUAUGGACAUGAAGAAUGGGAACAACUAUUACCAUACAAAUAAUAGUAACGGCAGCAACAUUAUGAACACAUACCCUAAUGCAAACAACCGUUCAGGUUCUCUCACCGGUUCUGCUUCGGUCACUGGCUCUGGUUCCCAGAGAUCAAACGGAAGUAACAACAGUCAAGGAAAUAGAUUCAACCCUGCCAAUCAAAACGCUUAUCCUGAAACUUUGCAACAAGAGCCGGAACCUGAACUUGAUAGAGGUAGUUUUGAUUUUUCUCCUCAAACUAAUGCUUCCAAAAAUUUUAAGAAUUUAUCGAUCAAAACCUCUUGUAGAGACGAUAUCGACACUAAGAGUUUAAAGCUUGGUGGUGGUGAACAAAACCGUAUGGAAUACCCUUCGAUUGAUGAGCAACAGUACAAUGGAAAUGUUAACACGGAACUUAGAGAUAUCUCAUCAACUGAAGCGCCAACUGAAGCACCAACUGCUGCACCAGCCCCAUAUCAACCAAAGAGUAAAUAUCAACCAAAGAGUAGAUAUGCUCCAAGCAAACCAAAUUCUACCAACCAAUAUUACCAUGGGUAUAACGAUGAUACUAGUAAUCCUAGCUUCUCUGCUCAUGAUCAACAGGCUGACCAAUCUGUUGACUCCACAUUUGACUCUUCUAACAAGACUGGCCUUGGACUUUCCCUUACUCCAUCGCAAACUCAAACCACACUUUCAAGCAUUGGUACUGACGAACUUAAUCAAUCACAAGCUCCAAUUGCAAUCGAUAUGGAUGCCGCUGGUGUGAACUAUAAUGCUCCUAUUGACCCUCCUUAUCCGGUAUCAAGAUUGAACAGUGUCAAAGGACAAGGGGAACUUGAAAGGGAUGACAGUUUCAUCCGUAAGAAGAGACUUUCCUCUGCAUUGGAUGAUUUCAAACGCGAUAUUGAAGAUGUCAAGAAGAAUACUCCUCAAUUGCAACAAAGAGAAGCGUUUAGCCCUGAAGGACAAACUGAAUAUCAGAAGUUUCUUUCCUUGGGCGAUAGUACUGGAAAGCAAUACCCAAGACAUAGUCAAUUGUCGAUGGUUAGUUCAAUUCUUUCCAAGGGAUCCUUGAAUGAUGAGGAUGCUGAAAUAGAGAAGGAAUUGGAAAGGCAACUCCAAAGCUUGAAGACUGGAGAGGAUAGUAAAUUGAAGGAAGCUGCUGUUGUUGUGCCAGAAGCUGUUCCUGAAAUUCCUACAUUCAACAUUCAACAAGAGGGUGAAUACGUUCAAGACGAAGAAAAGAAAUUCCACGAGCUUGAUCAGCAAAGUGAUCAUCGUUAUUCAAUGGAAGAAUCUACACCCCCACUUUCAUUUAUUAAGGGUCAAGAAAAAGAAAAAGAGGAAGAAAUUCCACAACAACAAGAGCAAAUUCCAAUCCAACAUGCAACCAGUCAGCCAACAUUUGAAGUUACUGCUCCACAGUCACCUAUUUUAGAUCAAUCCCGUGAAAUCGAAUCUCCAGAGAAUCAAUUACAUUUGGAUGAAUCACCUUUGGCCCCAUUGAAUGUCAAUCAUUCAGUAUUGCACCAAUCUCCAGGUAUCGAACCAUUAAACCCACAUACUCAUAAUAUUGGGGAAGAAUUAAAGGAGAUUAACUUCCCAGUAGAAAUUCCAUCCCAACCGAUUACAACCGAAGAAGAAAUCUUCCCCCCAGGAGAAGGGCCAUGUAGAUCUUGCCAUAAACCAAUUUUGCCUAAUAGCACAGGAUCUAAUAGGGCUAUCUUCUCAAAGACUGGUGAACUUUCUGGGCAAUGGCAUCGUGCAUGCUUCCUUUGUAGUAAGGAAGGAUGUGACGUGAAAUUCCAGAAGGGUAUCCAAUGCUAUGAACUUAACGACAAGCCAUACUGUCAUGGCUGUUACCAUGAGCUUAAUGGUAGUCUCUGUGGAAGCUGUUUCCAAGGUAUUGAAGGUGAAUGUAUCGAAAACGAAUUACAACAGAAAUGGCACUUGGAAUGUUUGUGCUGUCACCAAUGCCAAAGUGGAAUCACAGAAGAUUAUUAUUUAGUCAAUGGUAAGGUAUUCUGUGAAGAGGAUGCAUUAGAUCGUAUUCGCCAGCAGCAAAGCAGUCGUAGCACAAGUCGUGCUGAUAAGAUUGAAAAAAGACGCACAAGAUUGUUAUUCUUAGAUUAAAGUCCCACGUUAUGUGCAUGUAAUAUAGUAGAAGAGUCUCGGUUGUAUCAUAGGUCCGAAUUAUAGAAAGAGAAAAAUAUACCCAUUAUAAUUACAAAUUGUAGCAGAGUGCACCUCAUUAUAGUGUGUGUGCAUGUGUAGUAUUUGAAUAUUCUAGCUAUAUCCUCUAAAAAUUGUCCCGAAAAAAUGUCAACUAAUAUAUGAAUC